AUGGCCGUGGAAUGGGAGCUGUUGGUGGUAUGGCUGUGCAGGGAGGAAGUCAAGCCCAGCGAGUGUCGGCGUGCCAUCAACCCAAUUUUGGAAGGGAAGGAUUGGCCCCUAGGGCUUCAGAUGCAGAAAGCCAACUUCAUAAACUUGCUGGACACGUCCACCAUCAUCGGGGACUGGGGCUGGCUCACCUAUCCUUCGCACGGAUGGGACUCCAUCAACGAAGUGGACGAAUUUUUCAACCCCAUCCACACUUACCAGGUCUGCAACGUCAUGUCUCCCAACCAGAACAACUGGCUGCGGACUAGCUGGGUGCAGCGGCGUGGGGCCCACCGGGUAUAUGCCGAGAUCAGGUUCACUCUCCGGGACUGCAACAGCAUGCCCGGGGUGCUGGGCACCUGCAAGGAGACCUUCAACCUCUACUACCUCCAGUCGGACCGCGACCUGGGCAGCACCACCCGCGACAGCCAGUUUGUGAAAAUCGACACCAUUGCGGCUGAUGAGAGCUUCACUAACGUGGACUUGGGGGUCCGGCGGCUGAAGCUCAAUACAGAGGUGCGUGGCGUGGGGCCGCUCAGCAAGCGGGGCUUCUACCUGGCCUUCCAAGACAUUGGGGCUUGCAUCGCCAUUGUCUCCGUCCGCGUGUACUACAAGAAGUGCCCUGCCAUGGUGAGGAACUUGGCUUCCUUCUCCCAAGCGGUCACGGGCGCGGACUCCUCGUCUCUGGUGGAGGUACGGGGCGAGUGCGUCAGGCACUCAGAAGAAAGAGACACCCCCAAAAUGUACUGCAGCGCUGAAGGGGAAUGGCUGGUGCCCAUUGGGAAAUGUGUGUGCAGCGCGGGCUACGAGGAACAGAGGGACACAUGCAUGGCCUGCCAACUUGGGUUUUACAAGUCUUCCCCCGGGGAUCAGCUGUGUGCCAAAUGCCCUCCCCACAGCUAUUCUGACAGCCAGGCCGCGCAGGUGUGCCGCUGUGAGAGCAGUUAUUACCGAGCGGCUCAAGACCCACCUUCAGCACCUUGUUCACGGCCGCCUUCUGCUCCCUUGAACCUGUUAUCCAGUGUGAAUGGUACUUCAGUCACCUUGGAGUGGGCAUCACCGCUGGACAAAGGAGGCCGCAGUGAUAUUCUCUACAACGUGCUCUGUCGCCGUUGCACGUGGGACUCAGGCCAGUGUGAGGCCUGCGGCGCCGGGAUCCGCUUCGUUCCCCAGCAGACAAAUUUGGCGCAGGGCUCUCUUGUCGUUACCAAUCUCCUGGCCCACACCAACUACUCCUUCUGGGUGGAGGCCGUCAACGGGGUCUCGGAGCUGAGUCCUGAGCCGCCGAGAUUCGCCGCUGUCAACAUCACCACAAACCAGGCAGCCCCGUCCCAGGUGCUGGCCAUUCACCAAGAGAACGUGGGUCAGAACAGUGUCACCCUCAUCUGGCAGGAACCGGACCAACCCAACGGCAUCAUUUUGGAAUACGAGAUCAAAUACUAUGAGAAGGACAAAGAGAUGCAGAGUUACUCCACGCUGAAGUCCAAGGGCAACAGCACCACCGUCUCAGGACUCAAGCCCGCAACCCGCUACGUCUUCCAAGUCCGGGCCCGCACCUCUGCUGGCUGUGGCAAGUUCAGCCAGGCCAUGGAAGUGGAGACCACCAAAGCAACUCGCCAUUAUGACACCACGACCGUCGUCUGGAUUUGCCUCACGUUGAUCUCCGGUCUCGUCUCCCUGCUCCUGUUCCUGAUCUGCAAGAAGAGGCACUGCGGCUACAGCAAGGCUUUCCAAGACUCCGACGAGGAGAAGAUGCACUAUCAGAACGGGCAGGUGAAAUUCCCUGAGUCAAAAUUCUACGUGGAGCCGCACACCUAUGAAGAUCCCUGCCAAGCCAUACAUGAAUUCACCCGGGAGAUUGAAGCCUCCAGGAUUAAAAUUGAAAGAGUCAUCGGGUCUGGAGAGUCUGGAGAAGUUUGCUACGGGCGUCUGAAGCUUCCGGGAAAGAGGGAACUGCCGGUAGCCGUCAAGACCCUGAAAGCGGGUCACACCGAGAAGCAACGCCGGGAUUUCCUGAGCGAGGCCAGCAUCAUGGCUCAGUUUGACCACCCCAACGUUAUCCACCUGGAAGGGGUAGUCACCAAAAGCAAAUUAGUCAUGAUUGUUACCGAGUACAUGGAGAACGGCUCGCUGGAUUCUUUUCUUCGGAAACAUGACGGGCAAUUCACAGUCCUCCAGCUGGUUGUCAUGCUGAGGGGCAUCAGCGCUGGCAUGUGCUACCUGUCGGACCUCGGCUACGUGCACCGGGAUUUGGCAGCCCGCAACAUCCUCGUCAACGGAAAUCUGGUCUGCAAAGUGUCGGAUUUCGGCCUGUCGCGAGUCCUGGAGAACGAUCCGGAUGCGGCUUACACGACGACGGGUGGGAAGAUCCCCAUUCGGUGGACUGCGCCUGAAGCCAUCACAUAUCGAAAGUUCUCCUCAGCCAGCGAUGUCUGGAGCUUCGGCGUGGUCAUGUGGGAGGUCCUGGCCUAUGGGGAGCGGCCUUACUGGAACAUGACCAACCGGGAUGUCAUUCAGUCUGUGGAGGAGGGCUAUCGGCUGCCGGCUCCCAUGGGCUGCCCCACGGCCCUGCACCAACUCAUGCUGGAUUGCUGGCAGAAGGACCGCAAUGACAGGCCACGCUUCUCCCAGAUCGUGGGCGUCCUGGAUAAGCUGAUACGCAUCCCGCAGAACCUGAAGUGUACGUCUACGGUUAACCGGUUCACCCAAACCAUCUCAGAGCGAGCCUGCAUCGACUUCACCAGCUGCAGUUCCGUCGAAGACUGGCUGGACUCCAUUCGGCUGGGGAGAUACCAGGAGAACUUUGCCUUGGCUGGCUACACGUCCCUGGGGAUGGUGAUGCAAAUGAAUAUCGAGUAA